AUGCCUCUGCCCAAGUAUCAAACCUGGUUCUAUUCCUUCAUCGUCACCUACUGCGGCCUGUCUGUCUUGCAGGCCAUCCUCAAUUACUCUUCCUUCUUCCUCGGCUGCGGAGUACCUGGCAUCAAUGCCUCCUAUGGAGCUUCGGCCGUUUUGAUCUACGGCGCCAAUGAAUCUCCACUUGCUCAGCCCUAUGCCCUAAUCCUUUGCCACUUUCUGAGCGCAUUAAGCGGUGUAUGUAUCACCAAGUUGUUCAGCUUAAUGCCGAAUGAGGCGCAAUUCCACUCUCUGUGCUGGCUGGCCGCCUCGCUCUCAUCUGCUGUGACCAUCAUGCUUAUGCAGGUCACCGAAACCACCCAUCCCCGGCAGGUGCGACAGCUCUGCUCCCAGCCACGUGUGACGGACACCGUCUGGGAAAUGUCCUGGUAUUACCUGCCUAUCGUCGUGCUGUCUUCAACCUGGAUCUUAGCGGUGGCUCCCGUGGUCAAUUAUAUCUAA